AUGAAUGUAAAAAGAAAAAUUUAUCGUGUACCUUCGUUAAUAUAUUGGGAACAAUAUGGUCAUGGUUGUUAUCGUAGUUUUUUCAUAACUUUUAUCGCUAAUAAUUUUACUUUAUGUUUGGCGUUUCAAUGUUUUCAAGCAUCAUCAUCAUCAUCGACGUGUAGUACACUUAAACAAAUCUUUAUUGCAUGUGAACUUGCUUUUUCAAUAAUCUAUAUUAGUCUUUUUAUAAAAUGUUAUAAGAAAAUAUCAAGUAUUCCCUCAGUAGUUUAUUCAUUACCUGUACACAGUGCUAUUACUAAUAAAACAUUGUCAAAUUUAACACGAUCACACCAAUCUUGGUCAAUAUCCACUAUGAUUAAUAAUCGAUCAAAUAUAAAUGAAAAAAUACGUGUUGUAUCUUCGAUCUAUGCAUCAUAUAAUAGUACACAAAAAGUAUGUCCAAAAUUGUAA